AUUCUGCAUACAACUUGUCUUCUCAGCUGAUAAAGAUGCCCAACUUAACCAAUGACAACUUCACAAAGGAGGACACCCCCAAGUAUAAGACGGUGGAGAUGGUCUUCAUAGCCACUGUCACGGGGUCGCUUAGCCUCGUCACCGUGGUAGGGAAUAUCUUGGUCAUGCUGUCCAUCAAAGUGAACCGCCAGCUUCAGACUGUCAACAACUACUUCCUCUUCAGCCUGGCCUGUGCUGACCUGAUAAUUGGAGUCUUUUCCAUGAACCUCUACACAGUCUACAUCAUCAAGGGCUAUUGGCCACUAGGGGCUGUGGUCUGUGACCUCUGGCUGGCUCUGGACUACGUGGUGAGCAACGCCUCUGUCAUGAACUUGCUCAUCAUCAGUUUUGACCGCUACUUCUGUGUCACCAAGCCCCUGACCUACCCAGCCAGGCGGACAACCAAAAUGGCCGGGCUGAUGAUUGCAGUCGCUUGGAUAUUGUCCUUUAUCCUCUGGGCACCCGCCAUCUUGUUUUGGCAGUUCAUUGUUGGGGAGAGGACAGUUGAGAAAGAGCAGUGUUACAUCCAGUUCCUCUCCAACCCGGCGGUGACCUUUGGCACAGCCAUCGCGGCUUUCUACCUCCCUGUGGUCAUCAUGACUGUGCUCUACAUCCACAUUUCGCUGGCCAGCCGGAGCCGCAUCAGAAGACACAAGCCUGAGAGCAAGAAGGAGAAGAAGUCCAAGUCACUCGGCUUCCUGAAGAGCCCUCUGGUCAAGCAGAAUAACAACAACUCUCCGAAGAAAGCGGUGGAGGUGAAGGAGGAGGCAAAAAAUGGGAAAGUAGAAGAGCAGCCCUUACAGCAGUCAGAGACCACUGGCCACCAAGAGGAGAAGGAGACAUCCAAUGAAUCCAGCACGGUGAGCAUCACCCAGACCAACAAAGAGAAGCCAGUGCUGGAAAUUGCACCGGCUGAUCAAGGGCAGAGUCCAGCCCCGACACGGCUUAACCCUGCCUCCAAGUGGUCCAAAAUUAAGAUUGUCACAAAGCAAACCGGAACUGAAUGUGUCACCGCCAUUGAGAUUGUCCCAGACAAAGAAGCCAGCUCCACUCCAAUCACCUUGUCCAACAGCCGUCCAGCGAAUGUUGCCAGGAAAUUUGCUAGCAUUGCCAGGAGUCAGGUCAGGAAGAAGCGUCAAAUGGCAGCCCGGGAGAAGAAAGUCACCAGAACCAUCUUUGCCAUCUUACUGGCCUUCAUCCUGACAUGGACGCCUUACAAUGUGAUGGUCCUCAUUAAUACCUUCUGCGAUUAUUGUGUCCCUGACACGGUCUGGUACAUCGGGUACUGGCUGUGCUAUGUCAACAGUACCAUCAACCCAGCUUGUUACGCUCUUUGCAACGCCACCUUCAAGAAAACCUUUAAGCACCUUCUCAUGUGUCAGUACAGGAACAUCGGCACGGCAAGAUAA